AUGCUAAUUCCCCAAAGAGAUCACAUCCGCAUCUUAGGAUUACACCUACAGGCCAAUGGUGGCAACUCUACCACUCUUGAGGGAAUUGACCAAUCUGCCAACAAAAUUGGUCGCCUUCUCAAGCGCGUUGCCAACAAGCAUACAGGCAUGUGCGAAUCCAACCUUCUUCGACUGGUUCAGGCAUUUGUCUUCACACACAUCACCUACCUGGCUCCCCACCUCUGCAUUACGCGCACUGAUCUCGAUCGCCUCGAUACUUGGCUUCGCAAGGCAUAUAAGACCGCCUUAGGACUCCCGAUGUCCACUUGUGCCUUCAAACCUAAUGACCUUGGGGUGUUGAACAUGGUCAAUGAGCUUAUAGAAGCUACCCUUACGUCCCAGUACCAGCAGCUCUCACUCACGCAUGCGACACGUGCUGUAUUGCACCAAAAUGGACUCAUCGCCACGUGGGCGGCCACCACUUACCAAGAUAUACCGACAGAUCAACGACUCAGUCUUCGUAUUCCUCCAAUCCCCAAGCACAUGCACCCUGAACAUCAUGCGGAUCGUAGGGCUGACCGAGCGCCCCAACUACAGCAACGUCUUUCAAAUCGUUCCGAUGUCAAGUACACAGAUGCCUCGCGACACCCACAUCGAUCAACAAUGGUGGCUGUCGCCCUGGCCCCACAUCGUGGGUGCAGCACGGCGUGUAGUGUAAUUCACUCCACCAAUAUAACAAAUGCCGAAAAGGUUGCCAUUGCGUUGGCAAUCACCGACCCAAUAACCAAGGUGAUCAUAAGCGAUUCCCAACUCACCAUCCGAAAUUUUGACGCGGGUCGUAUCUCUACACUGGCAUACUCAAUCAUAAAGCGUCACACCCCGCCUGUCUCACCUCGUUUUCUUAUCUGGGCUUCAGCUCAUGAAUCCCUUAGUGGAAAUGCGCAGGCACACACUCUUGCCCGAGAUCUCAACUACCGGGCGGAGCUCCUUACGCCUUACACUUCUAAUUUUUCGCCCUCCCAGGCCUGCGAAGAAUUAACUCCUUUGGUCACUUACACAGACAUUCUACAGCACUACAGACUAGGCCGUCUCCCCUGUCCUCCAGCUUAUAGCCUCCCUUGAUGUGAUGCCGUCCUGUCACGCAAGCUUCAGACAGGUGUCUUUCCCAACCCCUGGCUUUAUAGCAAAGUGUACCCACACCUCGUGACACCACACUGUAAAUGCUGCUCACAAUCAGCCACCCUCAUAAACAUGGCAUGGAUUUGCUCACAGUACGCUGACGCUUCUCACACAGAAGAUACAUGGGAGCCCCUUCUGCAUAUCACAGACUCGGCACAGCAACUCCGGGUAAUCUCACGCGCAUUGCAGGCCGCGGUGUCCCCGCUGACCUCCUCUAAGCAGCGUAACAGACCUCUCGACCGGUCCCCUCUUUUGGGAGUAAUAAAGUUUUGA